GCUUGCCUGAGAGAGUUCUGACCUCAUGAAGCCUUGCCUCAUGACGGAUGCGAGCGCUGGCUUGCCGCUUCCUGUGGGGAUGCCAAGAACAUUGGUAAGAGCAUUGGUCUUGCUUUUAUUGGAACAGGUCAUUCUCCGUUGAAUUCUGCACCCGUUGCUUGACAAGCACAUGGUUUUAAGGGAGCUUGACGCUCAAGGCAUUUGGCCAAGAAACAGAGCUGUAAAUUUGGAUGUCGAUUGCGCCUGAGAAAAUGGAGGAGGGCCAGAAGCUCUCGAACUUCUCAUGGGAGUCUGUGAGCAUGAAUGUCAAAGUGGGCAAGCAGGACAAGAAAAUCCUUGAUGGAAUCAGUGGCACCUUGCGUGGUGGAGAAGUUUGCGCUUUGAUGGGUCCAUCCGGUGCGGGAAAGACGUCACUGCUUAACGUUUUGGCAGGGCGUGUGCGGUCUCGAGGAAAUGUGAAGGUAGAUGGUAGCAUUUUGCUUGACAAUUUACCUAUUAGCGGCUCUGCCUUGAGAAAGCGCAUUGCCUACGUGAUGCAACAGGACAUUCUGACUCCGACACAGACUGUGCGAGAGUCUCUGUGGUUCUCAGCUAAUUUGCGACUUCCCAAGUCCUACUCGCGAAAGGAGAAAGAAGAACUUGUGGAGAAGACCUUGAAAGAAUUGGGUUUGGAGAAAUGUGCAGACACCUAUAUUGGAGAUGACAUGAUUCGCGGUGUAUCAGGCGGAGAAAAGAAGAGGACCUGCGUUGGCAUUGAGCUCAUUAUGAAGCCCAAGUUGAUCUUCUUAGAUGAACCAACUUCGGGUUUGGACUCUUAUGCCGCCCAUAAUGUUGUGAUGAGGCUGAAAGACAUGGCUGCUCAUGAUGGUUGCAAUGUGCUUUGCACUAUCCACCAGCCUUCCUCAGAAGUCUUUCAUCAGUUCAACAGCGUCAUGGUCCUGCGAUCUGGAAAGCGCUUCUACUUCGGACCUUUGUCGGGCCUUUCCACCUCCCUCCAUGCAGCUGGGAAGGGAUGCCCCAAUGAGUUCAACUUGGCAGAUCAUGUGAUGUUUGUGCUGCAAACUGAAUCUAGCGAGGCCUUGGAUAAGAUCGAGAUGCAAAUGCAGGAAGCUACACCAGCUAGCCAGCAUCCUGAGAUGCCUCAUGACAAGAGCGUCAUGACCAUGAAAUUGGAAGGUGCUCACGCAGGAUUCUUCACACAGUUGGCAGCCCUCACCAAGCGCGAGUUUCAAAAUGUCUAUCGAGACAAAGCAGGUCUGAUUGCCUCAAUUUUGGUUCCACUGAUCCUGAACGUCUUCUUUGCGCUCAUUUUCUUCCAGGUGGGCAACAUCGAUCGCUCAGAGUGGACCGCACAGGCGCACUUUGGUGGCAUGACUCAGGUGGCGAUUGGUGGUAUGUUCGGAGCUGCCCAGCCACUUCUCUUGAAAUUCCCCUUGGAUCGGGGAAUCUUUCUGCGAGAGUAUGCCACUCAGACCUAUGGUGCAGCUCCCUACUUCAUCUCCAAAUCCAUGGUCGAGUUGCCACAGAGCUUCUUGAAUGCUUGCAUCACUUGGGGUGCCGCCUACUUCAUUAUGGGGUUGCAAGGAAGCUUCAUCAUGUAUGUCUUGAUCUUUUGGAUCACCGGAGUUGCAGCCGCGAGCACUGCCUUGCUGGUGGGCUGCCUGGCUGCCAACCCAGAGGUUGCCCAACAGGCUGCCCCUGCAGUCUUUGUUCCCCAGCUUCUCUUUGCCGGAUUCUUCAUCCAAUCGGAGCAGAUCCCGGUGUGGUUGCGAUGGGCACAAUACCUUUGCGCUUUGAAGUACGGAAUGAACCUGAACAUCAUGAAUGAGUUUGGUACUGACGUCAUUCAAGAUUGGCCCGUGCAGAAGCAAGCGAUGGUUUCCGGGCUAAUUGAGAAUAACAACAUCAACCCAGAUCAUGGCUGGCUCUACGCAGGAGUUCUUAUUGGAAUCAUUGUGGUCGUGCGGCUUCUGUCUGUUGUAGCCUUGGCCAAGCGCGCAGCUGCCUUCUUCUGAGAAGAGUUAAAGCCUUUUGCUCUGCUUGAGCAUGAUUUUCGGUGGGCUGUGGGGUAAAGGUACCUCUCAUCUUGGUCUGUGAACCGCAAAAAAAGCAUUUGCGUGGCAGGCCAUUGUCAUGCCCUGUCUUUUUGCACCGAGUAUGUUGAAAACAACUCGCAUAUAUACGUGCUUCGUGUUGGCCGACAUAUCUCUUGUCAGAGUCAAGUGUGUUGGCCAGCGUCGGGUCCACAUGUCUCUGGUCAAAGUUAUGCGUGUUGGCCAGCAA